UCGUGGGCCAAGGAGAUCGUUGUGCGUCGAGGUAAAUCCGAAACAUAUAAUCUGAUGAAAUGUAAUAUAACUUUUUUACAAAAACAACAAAAAAACAAAUCUAUUCUUAUCUCAGUGUUUUUUCCAACCUUUUUUGUGUGUCAAGUGUUUCCAGUAAAAAGUUACGAAAAUCCAAUAUUCCGUAAAACAUUUUUCUACAGAGGAAACAUCGAAUACCGUUCGUGCUCAAAUAAAAAAACGCUCGUCCACCACUUUUUUUCUCCUGUAGAAUAUAAAAAACGUCCGAGAUUGCAAAAAUCCGACUAUUUCCCUCGAAUGCUUCAUUUAACGGUUGCACCCAAUUUAUGUUAACCUUCCCGUUCCUCCUUUCGCGAGAGCACUCGUAGUAGAUAGAGACGAUAUUUCCGUCCAGAUGAACCUGUCUCGUUCACCCGUGGUGGCACCUCGCUUCGCCUCGGUCGGAGGUGGCUACGACGCCCUGCUAGCACCGCCAAUCAGACAUCCGACGUUGGCCCCCCCCGUCGAUCGCGAUCACAGAAGAUGCAGCUCGGUUACCUGUAGCAGUACCGGAAGUAGUUAUCUGGAACGAAGGGGUUCAGCCAUGGCGAUGCCGUGCCUUCCGCCUCCUCCAUCCUUUCCGCGUCACGCCGAGCCGUACGACGGGCCAUGGGAUUUAUAUUACCCUAUCGAUAUCCAGGUAAUACAGCCAACGCCGGAUUUAUCGCCAAGCGGUAGCGAGGCCGGUCUUUACGCCGGCGCGGUCAGCAACCUCCCGGCGACGUCCGGCAAAAGGGCGCCGUUGGCGUCGAUGGGCAGCGUGGAUCCCCCCGAUCCUGACUCCAGGUCGCUCGGUUCCGACUCCGUGUUCCUGAAGAACGAGGACGAGGAGCAGUGCGUCGACACGGAGGACGAGGUCUCGGGCUUCUCCACGGACUCGGACGCGCCCGGGCCAAGCUGUCGGCGGUUCCUGCGGGUGCCUUCUAGGAAAAAGCGCGCCCUCGAAAAGUGGGACGGUUGUGCGGGCUGCGUGCCCAGGCGACGGGCCGGCGGCAAACCCUGCCAAGAGUGUAUGACCAUCAGUGCCGCCGUCGAAACCUCCAGGUCGCAACCAGCCUCAACGACGACCAGUAGCAGUCAGAGUAGCGUGGGCUCGCCACCGUGUUCACCGCCGAUCGAGCUGAGGCACAGACCACCGCCAACACCGUUGACAUCAAUCCCGCCGAUAUGGUCCCAGGAAACGCUGUUCUAGAACGCGUCUUUCGUAGUGAGCAUGUCCCUCGACCAGUUUUUAUCGAGACGCGAAAGUUCAACCCAGAAUGUCGAUAAUCGAGGAAAACAUUUGCCCGCACAAAACAAAAAACAAAAAACAAAAAAAAACAAAACUCGAACCACAACGCUUUAUCCGACUCUUUUUAAUCGCUCUGAAACAUAUUUUUUUUUCGCGGACUCCAAGUUCCACUCGGCGAAUCGGUCACGGGCGAACAUAAACGAGAAUUUAUACGAGAAGCGACAAUCAUUGUAACGCAAGGUCGUCAUAAAAAAUACAAUCUCUCAGCGAAUUUCUCAUGGAAUUAUUAGAAAAAUAUACAAAAAAAAAAAAA